CAACGUGGGCUGCGUGCACCUGCUGGCUGGGGACCCGGAGGCCGCGCUGCAGGCAUUUGACCAAGCGGUGACCAAGGACGCCUGCAUGGCUGUCGGCUUCUUCCAGCGAGGAGUGGCGAACUUCCAGCUGGAGAGGUUCUGGGAGGCCCUGUCCGACUUUCAGCUGGCUCUGGCGCAGCUGAGGGACAACGCUACCAUCGACUACACCCAGCUGGGCCUGCGGUUCAAACUGCAGGCCUGGGAGGCUCAGCCCUGUUCCUGGCCUCCCGGGAGUGUUGGCCUAGAGGGAGGGGCGUUGGGAGGAUGCCUCCCGCGCUCUCGCUCUCGGUGCUCCCGGAAACGCACUGCCUUCCCAGCCCUCUGGAAACCACCUGUGUCCCAGCAAGCCGCCCACGAGGUGCGGUUCAACAUGGCUGCAGCGCAGUGCCAGCUGGGGCUCUGGGCUGAGGCCACCCGCAGCCUGGAGAAGGCCAUCUCCCAGGGGCCGGACGGGGCCCGUGAUGACCUGGAUGUCGCCCUGGGCCAAGUACAGAAACAGGCCCCCCUGCAGCCUCGGCAGGUCCCGGGGGGCGAGGUCUUCCGGCCCCACCGGCGGCACCUGGAGCACCUGGAGCCUGUGGACUUCCUGGGCAAGGCCAAGGUGGUGGCCUGCACUGUCCCUGAUGACCAGCAUGAGGACAUCCAGCCUCAGCAGCCACAGGUCCACGAUGUGCAUGGUGAAGCCGGGCCCUGGGCUGCCAUACGGGCCUGUGACAACCGCCCCUACAGGGCUGGUACCCUUUGCGACCCCAGGACACCCCUUGAUGCAGAGAUGGAGGUCAGCGCUGGCCAGGCUGGCCAGGCUGACUCCUGCACACUGGCCACCUCCGAUGAGCAGGGCACCCCCAUGGAGCAGGCUGGCCAGCAGGUUCCUCCAGGGCCGCUGGUGGCUGGGGAGCCGGGCCCUGGCUCCUCUGAGGACCCCGCGGGUGUUAGGGAAGUGGCUGCAGGGGGCCCCGAGUCCUUGGUGACCAUCAUGGUGCAGUGUGCCUUCACCCUGGCCCUGAAGGCCCCAAGAGGAGCUGACCUGUCCAGCCUGCGGGCUCUGCUGAGCCAGGCCCUUCCUCCCCAGGCCCAGCAUGGGCAGCUCAGAUACAGAGACCCUAGUGACGACAGGUGCUGGGUGCCACUCACUGGGGAGGAGGCGCUGCAGAGGGCCUGGCAAGGUGCGGCUGCCGGCCGCGGGAGGCUGCAGCUCCAGUGCCAGGGAGUGGGCGGCCGGCCUGUCCUCUACCAGGUGGUGGCCCAGCACAGCUACCGCGCCCAGGGGCCUGAGGACCUAGGCUUGCGGCCAGGAGACACGGUGGACGUCCUGUGUGAAGUGGACCAGGCGUGGCUGGAGGGCCACUGUGAUGGCCGAAUUGGCAUUUUCCCCAAGUGCUUCGUGGUCCCAGCUGGCCGGCGCACGUGAAGAGGUCAGCCCUAGGAAGUCCGUGGAAGGAGAGUUUAAUAAAAAGCAAUCUGCCUCCACCAA